GAGACGGACUAUAAAGAGCCCCGGGACAGAGCCAGGACAAGCCCCCAAAUCCGCCCUCCUCUCCUCGCCGCCCAAACCAGAGAGAGCGAGAGAGCGAGAGAGAGAGAGAGAGGGGAGAAGAGAGAAGAGGGAGAGAGAGAGAGAGGGAGGUUUCUCCGCUCCAAAGCCAUCCCCAUUGCCGUCGAAGCUCUCAAAUCUUUGCUUCCUCCGCUUGCAGUUCCUUGCUCCCUCUUUCUUCCAGCAUUGUUCGGAUCGGGAGCUUGAGGAGCUUUUUGCUUCGGUUUUCGGUCGAGAGUAGAGGGAGGGAGUGGACUGGGGAGUGUUUUGAGCGAUCGUGGUCGGAUGAGGUGCGGAUUCUUGCGUUUGGAAUAUUCUGGUGAAAGAUUUCCCUAAAGGUAGAGAUUAGUGGGGUUGGUUUGGGCUUUUUGUCCAGAAAAUUUGAUUCUCUUGUGGUUUUCUCGGGGAAUGGUUGCAGAGUGGAGGCAGGUUGGUGCAGAUGGGUGGAGAGAGUGGGAGAUGAGUUUGGAGGACUUUUUUUAUCAACGAAGAAAUCUAAGGAGUGUGUUGAGUGUUCCUUACAGCUCUGAGAGAUUUCUGCUUGGCUCUCUAAAUUUCUAAAGUUUUUUCGUGUGGUCAUAAUAAAAUACAGGUCUUUUAGUAGAAAAAUCACAAAUGAACAGUAACCGACAGAUGGAGGUUCAUUACAUAAACACUGGAUUUCCUUACACUGUCACAGAAAGCUUUAUGGAUUUGUUUGAAGGCCUCGCAUAUGCUCAGGCUGAUGUUGCUCUUGCAGAAGCUUUUCAAGAUCAGGGAAAUCCUUACUGGUCAAUGAUGCAUACAAACUUGUAUAAAUAUGGAUUGUCUGAUUCAGGCACUAAUAGUUUUUAUUACAGCUUUGACCAUGCCUAUGAGAUAAAUGAUUACACACCCAGAUUAGAUGGAGGAAGGAGGACUUGGGACAACACAACAACAUUGAACAAUGUUGAUUCAACACAGGUAGCUGUGCAUGGAGGUGUCAAUGCUGAUGUAAAUGCAAAUGCAAAUCCUAGCACUGAGGAAUGCAUUCGAGCAAGCCAUAAUGCAAGUGGUCCUCAGGCGAGCUUCUUUAAUAUGCGUUCUAUUUAUGAGCAAUCAUUCUUGUACCUUAGACAAACAUAUCUCAGAAUCCAAUCAUUAUGAUUUUUUUAUUCCUGU